AUGGCGCCACCCCCCUGCAUUGACUCCAUCAAUAUUCAGAGGUCUAUUGAUCUCCAGCUGGAGCGUACGGGAGAGCUCCUUCGUCACCCAGUGACUGCACUUCAUUGUGUCUCAGUGUUGGCAGGUGAACCGGAUGAAAUAUGCUACAAUAGACUGGGCUGUUUCCCCCUUGGAUACCCAUGGACAGGGAUCAAGGAAAGACCCGUUACCAGGGACCCCUGGAGCCCUGAGACAAUCAGCACCCGUUUCCUGCUCUACACCAGGCAGAACCCUGACAACUUUCAGGAAAUCAGCGGGACACAUCCGCAGACAGUCGCUGUCUCUAACUUCAACACCGAUCAGAAGAGUGUCCUGAUCAUCCACGGACAUCUGGAAAACGGAGAUUCCCAAUGGAUCGUGGAUCUGUGCAAGACUAUUCUACAAGUGGACGGUGUCAACUGCAUAGGUGUGGACUGGAUGGGUGGCUCCCAAUGUGCGUUUAGCCAGGCUGCACAGAACGUCCGCGUGGUGGGAGCGGAAAUUGCAUUCUUCCUCGAUGCACUGGAGAGCAACUACAAUUACACCUUGCCAGAUGUAUACCUGGUGGGGCAUGGACUGGGUGCCCACGCCGCUGGUGAGGUAGGACGCAGGAAGCCAGGGAUAUCCCGGAUUACAGGCCUCGAUCCCGUUGCCCCAUACUUCCAGAACACCCCUCUCGAGGUGAGGUUGGAUCCCACUGAUGCACUGUUCGUUGAUGUGAUUCACACGGAUGGUUCCUUGAAGAACCCCAGCAAAGGGUUUGGAAUGACCUAUCCUUGUGGUCACGUGGACUUCUACCCAAAUGGUGGCGACAACAUGCCAGGCUGCUCGAAGAAUCUCAUCUCAACCAUCCUGGAUGUGGACGGGAUCUGGGAAGGCACAAAGAAUUUUCUGUCCUGCAACCAUUUCCGCGCUGUGAAGUAUUUCACAGAGAGUGUGGGAUCACCAGACGGGUUUGAGGGCUUUUCCUGCGCCGGUGAACGGGAAUUUCAGGCAGGGGACUGUUUCGUGUGCCCCUCUGAAGGCUGCCCCAACAUGGGCUAUGACAUUGGGAAGUAUCGUCCUGCCCCAGGACUGCUGCACCAAACCUUCCAACUCAACACGGGCGAGUCCAGUCCUUUUGCACUCUGGCGUUACGAGGUGUCGGUGAAACUCUCCGGUUCACAUUCAGUGUCCGGUUUCAUUAACGUUGCCGUGUAUGGCACUAAAGGAAACUCCCGGCAGCACAGGGUCACAAGUGUGAUUCCCAGAACUAAACUCCAUCCUGGCACCACGUACACAUCCGUAAUUGAUGUGGAGCUCGACGUGGGGGACAUUACCAUAGUGAAGUUUAUUUGGGACAACAGCCAGAUAAACAUCUUUCACCCUCAGCUCGGAGCCGAGAACAUCAGCGUGGUACGAGGACGGGACCACGCCAGGAAUCGGAUGGCAAAGCGGAAGAAGCUGUUCCUGAAUAGCUGAGCGUGUGUCUUCAGGCUUCUGUAUCUCCUACCUGAUGGUAACAGUGAGAAAAGGGCAUGCCC